AUGAGGGGAAUACUUUUGAUCUCAGUUCUGGCAUUCAUUAUUAUGGCUUUCGGCAUCGAGACCAUAAUGGGCGAUUGUCCGUCAGGAGUGUAUCGUGGUCCAUGUCUCGCAUGGGAUGGUGACACCUGUCGUCGCGUAUGCAAAGAGUCAGGUGCAACAAGUGGUCACUGCUCUGCAUCAACCAAAUGCUGGUGUGAAAACGGAGGAUGUUAG